CAUGCUAACACUGUAUUUGAAGCACGGGAAUAGAUUGGCGAGACAAAUGCAAUUUGUAGUGAACGAAACGACAGCAAGAUAACCAAACAGUUAUGAUAUGAAUGAAGUAAAUAGGAAAGCGAGAGCGAGGUACUUUGAACAAGAGAUUUGGAAUAAUUUGUCGAAGCAGAACUCUUUCGAAGACCGCCGAUUAAUUCUAAAAUGCAACAAGCUGGGAAAGGACGAGAACACUGCAGUGAAGUCAUGGAAUCAGGAACAGUUGCUUAUGGCACGCAACAACGUCCACGAUCAACAUCUUCGAGUGCCCAGGAGAGUACGGAUAUUUUAUCACGAUCUUGGGAGCCAACACGACCAAGAUCACAUACUGAGCAGAUGUUGUCAGCGAAAACAGAACACUCAGUCAGAAAACAAUCCGUCCAAGAGGAGAUCAGCUUGCCUACAGUUUCUGCUGCAAAAGUCCAACGGACUACGCAUUCCGCUUUUCCACAAAAUGCCACUGUAUUAAGCAAAGAACCCUCUAUGCAAAGAAAAACAAACUGGACAAGACCAUCGAAACAAAUUCAUCAGAGGAGUGACAUGAUUUCUUUAUACGACUAAAUUCGGUCUAUAUCAAAAGAGAUUUCUUAAGGCAUAAAAUUGUAAAAACAAACGAUAAAAUCCGACGUUUCGGAGUA